AUGAGUUCGUCCGAUUACGGAUUUGACGAUGAACUUGACUCAGCUGUUCUGAACGAACUGGACAUCAUCGAGGCCGCUCAUCGUUCUCCACUUCGAAACCCUCCUAAGCCACCCCCGCCUGCACCCAAGGCACCUGAACCUCUGGACGAAGGGGAUUCGUUUUUCGAUCUUUCUCUUGAGAUAGACGACACGGAGCUUCAGCGCUUAGACACGUUCAUUGAUGCGGUAUAUAAGGGAAAUGCACACCCAGUGGCAGGCCCAAGCAAUCAUGCGCGUCCUCCUUCCUCCAAAAAUACUGUGCAACGAACCCUGUUUGGAGAUGUUGCGCAACCGACGUCUUCUAGUAGGCAAAGUCCCACUAAACGCUCCUCGCUUCAGCGAACAAAGUCGAGUCCCCGCAAACCUUUCGGCCAACAAGCACCUCAGACGAAGCAGUGGGACCAUACUGUGUUUGCAAAGUCAGGCUGGAAAAAGCCAAAGGCUGUCAAGGGCAAGGGAAGAGAUGAUGGAGAUGACGACGAAGAGAACGUCGAGUUUGAGCAGUUCCCUGCUCCAUUCGUGUCAGGUAUGUCUAAGCUACCUCCUAUGAAACUCAAGGUCGACAUGCUCGAAGCUAAACAUUGGAUCUAUCCCCUGAACCAACCAAAGCGUGACUAUCAGUUCAACAUCGUUAGACACUGCUUAUUUGACAACACCCUCGUUGCAUUACCCACCGGAUUGGGAAAAACUUUCAUUGCAGGCGUCGUAAUGCUUAACUUCUAUCGCUGGUUUCCGAAGGGAAAAGUUGUGUUCGUUGCCCCAACAAAACCUCUCGUCGCGCAACAAAUUGACGCGUGCCACCGCACGUGUGGCAUUCCUGGUUGUGACGCAGUCGAGCUUACCGGAAACAACCCUCGAGCAUAUAGGUAUAGGAUGUGGGAGGAGAAACGUAUAUUUUACAUGACACCGCAGACUCUCAUCAAUGAUCUGACUACGGAAAACUGCGAUGCGCGGGAUAUCGUCCUUAUGGUCAUUGACGAGGCGCACAAGGGAACAGGAGACUAUGCCUACGCACAGGUCAUUCGUUUCUUAAUGGCCAAGAAUCCCCAUCAUCGCGUGCUGGCAUUAACAGCAACGCCCGGAAGUACACCUGAAGCUAUCCAGAGCAUCGUUGAUUCACUGCACAUUAGUCGUAUUGAAAUUCGUGAUGAAAAUAGUAUUGACCUCCGCGAGUAUAUGCACAAGAAGGAAAUUAAACAGCACAUCAUCAGGAUGACCGACGAUGUUCUGAAAGCUCAGGAACUUUUGAAGGAAGUAAUGAUAACCAUCCUUAAACCACUCUCUAGCAAAGGGGUUAUAGAAGUGGUGGAUCCAGUCAAGAUGCACCCUUAUCGUGCCCAGGCUACCAUGCAACGCAUUGGUUCCCAACGGAACAGUCCUCAUAAAUGGGCAUUUUCCUCGCUGUCCAAGCUCGGCGCAUUAGCGCGUGCUAUGGGGUACCUGAUGGAAGCCAGCGUUGGCAUGUGUCACAACUGCCUGCUGGAAAUUUCCACUGAAAAGGAGGACGAUUCAGGGAAGAAGAAGGGUUCCACAACGAGUGGCUUGCGCAAGGACAAGAAUUUUAUGGCUCUUCUAAGUGAGCUCGAGGUGCAGAAAGUCCGUCCAGGCGGGUACGGCAUGCACCCGAAGAUGGAGACGCUAAAGAUGCUGCUGUUGCAGCACUUUGGGGCACGGAUGGGUGAGGGGGAGGAGACGAGAGCUAUGGUGUUUGUGACAUACCGAGAGUGUGUGGAUGAGAUCGUACAUAUCCUUAAUGAGGAGAGUCCCCUCUUGAAGGUGACGAGGUUCAUUGGGCAGGGCACAGAUAAACAAGGCCGGAAGGGGUUUGCGCAGAAGGAGCAGCUUGAGGUCAUCAAGAAGUUCAAGGCUGGUGAAUUCAAUGUGCUUGUCUCCACUUCUAUUGGCGAAGAGGGUCUCGACAUCGGGGAAGUUGACAUGAUUGUAUGUUAUGACGCACAAAAGACGCCAAUCCGCAUGCUUCAACGCGUCGGGCGCACGGGCCGUAAACGGGACGGCUAUGUCCACGUCCUCCUCUCCGAGAUCCGCGAGGAGUUAAAUUGGGACAAAGCGAAGGACACAUACGGCGAGUUGCAGAAAUGUAUCGUCCGCGGCGAUCAGCUUGAACUUUAUGGCGACAUCCCACGACUCCUCCCUGAGCAUGCGAAGCCCCAAGUACUCGAGAAGAGAAUGGAGAUUGAAGAGAAUAUACCUCAAGGCGCAAGCACGGGCUUUGUCAGUGUUAAAGACCUGCUUAUCAAGGGCGCAGACACGAAGAAGAGGAAGAUGGCAAAGACGAAAGGAUUUGAUCCCACAGCUGCAGAGGAUGACUCGACAGAUAUGGAAUUGGAGGCUAAUCUCAUGGAUAUGCGCCGUACUGCCUCGACGCCUGCUGGUGUCAGUACACAGAAGGACAAGCUGCGCAAGGCACGUACGAUGGAUCCAUCCAAGAAACGACAGCCGGCAACGUCACGCAGGAAGGGGAAGGAGAAGGAAAAAGAACCAUUGACGACUAGCCAAUUUUCGCGAAAAGGUGAUGACGAUGAUGAUGAUGUCGAAAUCGAGCAGGGAAUGUCACUAGCUGCUUGCAAGGCCAUCGCUCCUUUGCCCAGAUAUCGCUCGUCUUCACCCGAUGAGGCUCCGAUUUUAGUUCGAGAUCGUUCGAAUGGUUGCGAAAAACCAUCUACAAUCCAAAGUCUUUCCUGUCGUCUUACCGAAGACGACGCGCUACUUUUAAGCUCCUCAGAGGCGGAUAAUCCUUCAGCGCCAAGCAUGUUAUCUUCGUCGCCAAUGUUUUGCGAUGCGGAUGACGUGAUAGAGAUAUCGUCCUCCCCGCCGCCCCAAACUGACCCUGAGCAAGCUGCAGAAUCUUCAUCAAUGUCGUGUAGUCCCAGAAACUCUCCGACCGAUAUGUGCCACAAACGGAAUGGGAACGGAAGGGGUCUCUUGCCUGGGGCACAUCUAAUGCCACCACCUCUCUACCAGUGCCGAGGUAUCAUUCAGUCACCCACACACUCUUCUGAUCACGACAUUCCCGACGCCUCAUUCGCUGUGCGACCUGCUGGACGGUUUUUCAAGCCGCGUAUAGCAGCCGCAGAGCUUAACUCACCGGCAUUGGACAUGCCACCUCUUUCCCAACGACGUCUAAAACGAAAGGAUACAGAUGUCAUUUCUUGGGGAUCAAGUCCGCCCCCUAAGCGUAGCAAGCAAAAGCUGUUUGUAUCUAUGCGACAUAACCCGUGGCUGGACGGAGAAGCGGCCCACUCUGGUGACGAAGCAAGUGAGGGAUCGUCGCACUCGGAAGAUGAUGUCGAAAGUGAUUCCGAUCGCCAAUUCAUCAAGGACAUUGCAAACACUCAGGUCUCUCCUUCUUACGAUCAGUCACUUGCUUAUCGACGGGGUUUGCUCACACAAGCCCUGCCGGGAGGUCCCGUGUUUGCCACCAGACCGGUGAGGAGGGAAGUAUAUGCUCGAGGUGAGAGCGCAAAACGCCGCGCUGGUGUGUCAAGUUCUCCCGUACGUGAGGACGAUUUGCCAGACGAGUAUGCCAUCGGCAGCUUUGUCAUAGAUGAUGAUGAGGACAUCAUCUGA